AUGGCGGUCCUCGGAAAGCGCAAGGCCCCCGAGCCGACAGUAUCUUCAGAAGACGCACAGGAAAUCUUUCGGCGACACUUUGAGGCGCAGUUCCUCCCAAUAGAAGAGCAAGAGAAGCGCAACUCGCAAAAGGUGCGGAGGAUCGAGGACGAGGAUGGCAGCGAUGACAGCGAUGGCAGCGAAGACAAUGAGUGGGAUGGCGUGUCAGGCGACGAAUUAUCAGACGACGAGGAUGACAUAGACGAUGAUGAUGAAGAGGAAGAAGACGAUGCUCCCAUCAUCGAAGUUGUAGACCACUCCGCCCCGCAAACCUCCAAAGCAGACACAAUGUCCAAACGCGAACUCAAAGCCUUCAUGUCCUCCCGCCCACCAGAUCAAUCCUCCUCCUCCAAACCCACACCCACCCAGCCCUCCUCAAAAUCAACCUCGCUCCCCGAAGACGCCCCCUCCCUCCUCGCCCAAGACCUCGAACUCCGCCGCCUCAUCUCCGAAUCGCACCUCCUCCAAACCAACCGCCCGCUCUCCCUCUCCGCCGCCCUCUCAACAACUUCCACUCCCGGCUCUGAGCCAAAGACCUUUUCCUCGGGCCGCGUCCGCCAAAAGGCCCUCGACCUCCGCAUCCAGGCCCUCGGGUCCAAAACGUCCAUCCACAAGCAGGAGAAGAUGCCCAUGCACAUGCGAAAGGGCAUCACUGCCGCUGCGGUGGAGAGGGAGGCCAAGCGCAGGCGCGAGGCCAAGGAGAGCGGCGUCAUUCUGGAGAGAGAAACGGGGAAGAAGCAGACGAAGAGGGAUAGGAGGGGCGGUGGUGGUGGCGGUGGAUUUGGACCGGCCGUGGGUAGGCUCAAGGGUGCAGAGCUGAGGAUAAGCGAGAGAGACGUCAAGAAGAUUGAGGGGACGAGAGAUACGUUUGGCAGGAGAGGG